GCAUGGCGGCCACGGAGGACGAGCCGCUGUCGGGGAGCGGAGAGGGCGAGCGGCUGGAUUUCCUGCGGGACCCGCACGUCCGGUUCUUCCAGCGCUGCCUGCAGGUGUUGCCGGAACGCUAUUCUUCGCUGGAGACCAGCAGGUUGACAAUCGCGUUUUUUGCGCUCUCCGGGCUGGAUAUGUUGGAUUCCUUAGAUGUGGUGAACAAAGAUGAUAUAAUCGAGUGGAUUUACUCCCUGCAGGUCCUUCCCACAGAAGACAGAUCAAAUUUAAAUCGCUGUGGUUUCCGAGGCUCUUCAUACCUGGGGAUUCCAUUCAAUCCAUCAAAGAAUCCUGGAACAGCUCACCCUUAUGACAGUGGCCACAUAGCCAUGACCUACACCGGCCUCUCUUGCCUCGUCAUUCUCGGAGACGACUUGAGCCGAGUAAAUAAAGAAGCUUGCUUAGCAGGCCUGAGAGCCCUGCAGCUGGAAGACGGCAGCUUUUGUGCAGUACCUGAAGGCAGUGAGAAUGACAUGCGAUUCGUCUACUGUGCUUCCUGUGUGUGCUAUAUGCUCAACAACUGGUCAGGCAUGGAUAUGAAAAAGGCCAUCAACUAUAUUAGAAGAAGUAUGUCCUAUGACAAUGGGCUGGCACAGGGAGCUGGACUUGAAUCUCAUGGAGGCUCCACCUUUUGUGGCAUUGCAUCGCUGUGCCUGAUGGGCAAGCUGGAAGAGGUUUUCUCAGAGAAGGAAUUGAGCAGAAUCAAGAGGUGGUGUAUAAUGAGACAGCAGAACGGCUACCACGGGAGACCCAAUAAACCGGUCGACACCUGCUACUCUUUCUGGGUGGGAGCAACUCUGAAGCUUCUGAAGAUUUUCCAGUAUACCAACUUUGAGAAAAACAGGAAUUACAUCUUAUCCACUCAAGAUCGCCUCGUAGGGGGAUUUGCCAAGUGGCCAGACAGUCAUCCAGAUGCCUUGCAUGCCUACUUUGGGAUCUGCGGCCUGUCACUCAUGGAGGAGAGUGGGAUUUGUAAGGUCCACCCUGCCCUGAACGUAAGCACACGGACUUCUCAGCGCCUGCAGGCUCUCCAUCAAAGCUGGAAAAGCCAGGACUCCAACCACUGCUCAGAGAGCACACCCCUCUCCACAUGACUCGCUCUCCACUGGGAGGGCAGGGUUUGUAGCCUAACUGUAGCUCAAGGUUAAAGCCAUGUAACCAAGUGUGCUUUUUUUAAGAAGUAGAGUCCUACAUUCAAAGCCCACACUGCUGUCACUCUGGGAUGUGGUCUUGAGCCAGUAACCUUGUACUAGGUUUCAAGAAAGUUCUUGUUGAAGGUUGACCCACUGUGGACUGCGUCAUGGUUCUUAAAUGUUUAUACUGUAUUUCUAAGACGUUCUUUGAGGCAGAUUACCUGUAUGUAUGUAGAUUAUCUUUGUAAGAACUCUUGAGUAUACAUUGUAUCUGCAAAAUAAGUUUACACUUUACCCAGCAUUGAUAAUCUAUCUUCGGGUGAACAGUCAGUGAUCAUUUUAAAAGCUGGACAAUGGAUGGUAGAAAUUCUGCUUUAAUGCGUUAACUAUCUGGGAUUAUAUUUGGAAACAUGAUUCCCCCCCUUUUUGGGUAAUGAAUGUCUUAUCCUUAAGUGUGCCAAUUAACUCGUGUGGCCUAUAUAAAUAAAUAACUUCAUAGUAAAACUAAAAUAAACAAGCUUAACUAAUAGUUUUGGAAAGGAAAGUGUUUGAAGAAUAUUAUGGAGCUGAGGACAAAGUCAUCUAUGUAUGAUCAUGAAUGAGAAAGUUUUAUGCUUUGUGACUCAUUUGGAAGUUGUUGGGGUAAAUACCAGGUCUGUUUCAUUUUAAUCUCCAGUCAUUAACUGUCUUUUUUUCCUCUCCAGGGAGUACAAAAAAUCAUAUCCAAAAGGCAGGAUACUUAUUGUUUUGCUUAUUUUUUCUUACAUGAUGUUGUAGAUUAUGCUUUUUUAACUGAGUUAUUUUUUAGUUUACUGCUCCAAUUACAAACUAAUAAUUUUUUCAACUAAAAAAAAGUAUAAAGACAGAACCACACAAGUAAAUUCAUUGACACAACCCCACAUGUCAUCUUUUAUGUUUUUGUAUUUUCAGGUAAGUGGGAGUUAAUUGUAAUCAUUUAAAGGUAAAAACGCUGGUGUUGCUUGUAUUUAUUGUUUUCUUAACUCUGAGAACUGCUUGUCCAGGAGACAGUGUCUGCGUUGGUAACCUGUGUUAGUAAGUCAGUGCCAUCACUUGUGCAAUGACCUCCAGGCACACAGCUCACUGCAGGAGCCGAGUUAGUGUCCCGGAGAUAGCAAUGUUGAAAUCCAGCUCUGUAAGCAUUACUGUGAGUAUUGCUGGUCAGGGACUGUAAUAUUUUAGAUUUAUUUUCCAAAGUAAAUUGUGAUCCUUCCCAAGUGAAAUCUGGUGACUACUUGGAGAAAGGGUUCAUUAAUUAGUACUUUUUGUUUUAAAACUGUUUUAAAAUCUCAGUUUGCCAGAUUCAGUGGUAUUUUUUAAAUUAGAAAUAAAGUCUAUAUCGUGAUAAAGGAAAAAUGUGCUUAGCAUCAAAUGUGAUCUUUCCCUCUUUUUCCACUUUGUUCUGUUUAAAUCCUGGGAAAUUAAGACAUCCAUAUCUUAAACUAAUUUAUCUCUUGGACAGUGGGAGUUAAAAUAACAAAUAACAUACAUAAUGAUUUUAGAACAGUGGAAGAAGCCUUAAUUGUUGCCUUUGCAUUCCCAUCAGUGUUUAGAAAGAAAGGUAGAAACAGUAAUGGUUUUCCUGUAUGAAACCUAUAGAGGAGUUCCAAUAUAAAGGUGUCUAAUCAAACUAUUGAAUAUUUUCUAAUUUGUUGAAUAAUCAGGUUAUAAAUUAUGUGUCUAAUAUAUCUGUAGGAAACUUAUGGACUACUGAAUGUUCCACUUUGCAUAUUGACCAAAAAUAUUGGACCAAUGUGAGUUAUCAAUUAUUUGUAAGAAAAAUACUUAAUAAAAGCAAUUUUUCACAUCUA